AUAUAUCUCUUUCUCUUUCUCUUUCUCUUUCUCAUUCUCAUUCUCGACUCGAGCAGUGACAUUGCGUGGUCUCUCUUCAACACACACACACACACACACACACACACCAUCCCUCCUCCUCCCAGUUUUUUAGGGUUUUAGAGAGAGAAACUGUGGAGAGAGAGAGAAUGUCGACGGCGGAGGAGAGCGGCGUGGCCAGUGAUUUUCCGGUGAAGAAGCUGAAAGAGAUGAACGAGAACGGUGUGGAGCCACCGCCGGAGUGUAUAUCUUCGGUUAUACCUGGUUGGUUCUCUGAGAUUAGCCCCAUGUGGCCUGGAGAAGCGCAUUCUUUGAAGGUGGAAAAGAUCUUGUUUCAGGGUAAAUCUGACUACCAGAACGUUAUGGUUUUUCAGUCUGCGACAUAUGGAAAGGUUCUUGUUUUGGAUGGUGUGAUUCAACUCACAGAGAGGGAUGAAUGCUCGUAUCAAGAAAUGAUUGCUCACCUCCCACUUUGCUCAAUUCCCAACCCAAAGAAGGUUUUGGUUAUUGGUGGUGGAGAUGGUGGUGUCUUACGUGAAGUGUCUCGCCAUUCUUCUGUUGAGCAGAUAGAUAUUUGUGAAAUUGAUAAAAUGGUCAUUGAUGUUUCUAAACAAUUUUUUCCUCAUGUUGCUAUUGGAUAUGAGGAUCCCCGUGUAAAACUCCAUGUUGGUGAUGGAGUUGCAUUUCUGAAAGCUGUUCCUGAAGGAACUUAUGAUGCAGUUAUAGUAGACUCUUCCGACCCAAUAGGUCCUGCACAGGAACUUUUUGAAAAGCCCUUCUUUGAGUCGGUAGCAAAGGCUCUUCGUCCUGGAGGGGUUGUGUGUACUCAAGCUGAAAGCAUAUGGCUUCACAUGCACAUAAUUGAAGAUAUUGUUGCAAAUUGUCGCCAGAUAUUCAAAGGCUCCGUCAACUAUGCAUGGACAACAGUUCCUACAUACCCAAGUGGGGUGAUUGGUUUCAUGCUCUGCUCUACUGAGGGACCGCCUGUGGAUUUCAAGCAUCCAGUCAACCCAAUAGACGCCGAUGAUAGCCAUUGCAAAUCGAAAGGGCCCUUGAAAUUCUACAACUCAGAGAUUCAUGCCGCAUCAUUCUGUUUGCCAUCUUUUGCGAAGAAGGUGAUUGAUUCGAUAGCUGAAUAAGCCAACUUUUUGGAGCAAAUUUGAGGAAGCAGGAUUUAGCUGUUGUAGAGUUCCGGCUUUCAUUGGUCCUUACUAAAGAGUUCCUUUCUAGCAAAGGACCUAAAAUAAGCUGAGGUUUGAAUUUUGAUGCUCUGAGUGUGAGCAUCGUAUCUAAUUGGAGAGAGAGUUGUAUGAUUAUUGAUCAGAGCAUAUAAUAGAUAAAAUGCUUUCUUGCCCUUAGAAAGACUUUGCUGUUGGCAUCUAUUUGCAUUUUACAUCUAAUUAUUAAAAAUAGUAGCUAAUUUUUUUCA